AUGUCGCUCAUUGCAGAACCUCCUGCCCACCGCCAUGUGCGUUGGAGGUUGACCAACUUGGCGCGGGAAAUCAAGAGCCUUCAACUUGAUGAAUUUGACGUCCAGCAACUGGAUUUUCGAUAUCCGUACGAGAAACUGCCACAAAAGCCCACUUACUUCGCUUCCUAUCCCGGUCACUCGAUUCCAGAACCCAAUACUGAUAACUUUCGAGAGCCCUACAAGGGUCUUGAUGAUGAAACAGAAUAUUCUUUAACCCAUAUUAGUGUUGGAGAUUCUGCAUUUAACAACUCGGGCCUGUAUAAACACAACCAGCCCGAGUUCGGGUGCUACCACAUCACAGAGAUGAUUGACCCGGCCUACCCGCAUAUCAAAGCACUCAUGUACAAUAAUAUGGUUGCUACGGAUUCCACAAUCCUUUGUGGCGAGUUGAUGCCAAUCCUCCGUACUAUGCUAACACAGCUUCGGAGGCAAAAAUUCAUUCAUCAACUGGUCACACCGGUGUUGAUGUUCUCCCUCAUGGGAUUCCAAGCCCGAGUGAUAGAAGCGUUUUUCCGAGAUGACAAGCUGGUCUUGCGCCCGACCAAGCUAUUCGAUUUCACCCACGGAAAUGACAACGCUUUCAAAACAUUAGCACUGUGGUAUAUGGGCAACCCUCUUGAGAUAACCACCCAGGGGUCCUGA